AUGGCAACAUCCGCAACAUUCACAAGAUAUCAACCCGGCCUCCUACUAACAAAUCUCAUCGUCUCCGUAGUAUUAAACUAUGCCCAUGCAAGAGGUCAUCAUCCUGGGAGACAACAGAGAUUACACGGUGCUCCAGCUGAUGCUGUUGACAGACACCAGUUUAUAUGCGAACACAAUGCUGUCCGAGCAAAAUUUAGUGAACAGCCAUUGACAUGGAACAGUACUUUAGCACGUUACGCAAGAAGAUUCGCGUCCCAGAGAGCCGGGGACUGUGACAUGAUCCAUUCUAAUGGUCCUUUUGGUGAAAACAUCUUUUGGGGUGGCAAAUAUGAAGAUUAUUCGGCUGCUUGCGCUGUUAAGAGUUGGGCAGCUGAAACAUCAGCUUAUAAUCUGUCGCUUAAUUCGUGUCAAAUGAAUGCAAUGUGUCGACACUUCACACAAAUUGUCUGGACGACUACUAAAAGGAUGGGAUGCGCACGCGUCAAAUGCAACAAUGGGGGUGUUUUUGCGAUGUGUGUUUACGAUCCUCCUGGUAAUUUUGAAGGUGAAAAUCCUUUCGGUAAAGUAGCAUCCGGUGUGGCACCCAAAUGGGACGAAUAG